AGCAACGCAUGCAUCAGCUGUGCCCGCUACUGGGUUGCCUGCGUCUGUUGUUCAUUCUAACAGUGUCUUGAGCGAUCGUGGUGGUGCUGGUCGCAUUGUUGGACGCUGCCGUGUGCUUUGCGGCGUCGGUGCGGAAAAACAGCCAACAGCCCAUUGUUCGCAGCAAUAACGGCUUCGUCCGGAUUACUUUCGUAGGAGAAGCGACUAGUGGAACUGCAAGAUACCGUCUUCUCGGUCGGUGCAGCGUUGUGGCCUCUGGCUCGCGUUCUCAGCGCAUAGUGAAACGUUCGCGGAAGGUGUUGGUGGUGCAGUGUGUGCGGCGUUCUUUCUGGCCGGGUGUUCCCUAUGAGCCCGGGCGCGCCGUGUCCGAGUGCCAGUAGUGUCGCGUUCCAUGCCUUCAACGUCAGCAGUGCCGUCGUCCGCGAUGGACAACACAGCAGCCGCUCCCUCCACGACAGGAACGGAAGUGCGACGGGCCCGGAGCAUCCAGUUGCCCGAGCAGCUCGCCGUCUUCAGGAACCUCAAGAACGCCAAGCGCUUCGCGAUUGACAUAGGAGGGUCACUGACCAAGAUCGCCUACUACUCCACAGUGUCGCACAAGCGUGCUGUCUACAACGCCGACUUCCAAAAGAACGGCAGCUGCGGCGGCACCGAGCACGACGCGGGCGUUCCCGGCGGGGACGCCCGCUCGGAGGACGGCGUGCCCUGGGAGCGCGAGGUGGAGACCGGCCGGCUGCACUUCGUCAAGUUCGAGACGCGCCACAUCGAGGCGUGGCUGCGCUUCGUCCAGGAGGAGCUGCUGCGCGGCGGCAGUCCUCCGCGGCUCGUCGGGAGCGUCAAGCUCACCGGCGGAGGGGCCUUUCGACACCGGCAGCUCAUCGCCACCACGCUCGGGCUCAGCGUGGACAUGGAGGACGAACUCGAGUGUCUGAUAAGCGGCUGCAACUUUCUGCUCAAGAACAUCACCGACGAGGUGUUCGAGUACCAGCGGCACGGAAACCCGGAGUACAAGUUCAACAACACUGACCCCAACGUCUUCCCUUACCUGCUCGUCAACAUCGGGUCCGGCGUCAGCAUCAUGAAGGUCGAGUCCGACGACGAGUACGAGCGCAUUGGCGGGUCGGCGACCGGCGGUGGCACCUUCUGGGGUCUCGGAUCGCUCAUGACCAAGGCCAAGAGCUUUGACGAGCUUCUGGAGCUGGCCGAGCAAGGCGACCACCGCACAGUGGACAUGCUUGUCAAAGACAUCUAUGGUGGCAACUACGAAGCAGUGGGCCUGACGAGUGACCUCAUUGCCUGCUCAUUUGGCAAGACAGUCCGCCACACGGGCAAUGGCAGCACCACUGGCAAGGACGAUGAUGACGUCACACGGGAGUUCAGCGAGAGUGACAUCGCACGCAGCCUGCUUUUCAUGAUCAGCAAUGACAUCGGCCAGAUCGCCAGCCUCUACGCCCUCAUGCACGGCCUGGACCGGGCCUACUUUGGUGGCUACUUCCUGCGUGGACACCCACUCAGCAUGCACACCAUCUCCUUCGCCAUCAAUUACUGGAGCAAGGGCAAAGUUCGAGCAUCAUUUCUGCGACACGAAGGCUACCUGGGCGCGAUCGGUGCUUUCCUCAAAGGGGCCAGCGAAUACGGCACACAGAACUGCUCAUGGAGCGAAAACUACGCCGGCAGCUCGGGCCUGCAGAGUCCUAUCCCUGCCCAGCUGUCUCAGCAUAAUAGUACAAUGAUUGACCAGCUGGAGAUGGACCGGUUUGAAUGGCAGCUGGUGUACUGCCCACUGCUGGCCGAUCCAGCACAUUACCUGGCUGACACGGUGGACCUGACACAGGAUGCCGAGGCCCGCCGCUACUGGCUCCAGUGUUUCCAGGAGGCCAUUGACAAGUUCGUGGAGGUGGCAGUCCGCAGCCAACCCCACAAGACGGACGCGCCGCUACGUGCCAGCCAGUUCCAGCAGAAGUACCUGUGCCGCCUGCAAAACCUGCAAGACCACCCGUUUGCCUAUGGCUCGCUAACGGUGCGUAGUCUGCUGGACAUGCGAGAGCACUGCCUGCUUGAGUUCGACUUUCCAGAUCCAUACUUCCAGCAAAAACGAAUGGAGAAUGAGGCGGCGCUGCAGUUACUGCCAUCGCGGCUGUCGCAGCUGGACGCCAUGGGCUGGCGCGAGAGGCAGGAGGCCCUCGUCACGGGCCUGCUGGCGGGCAACGUCUUUGACUGGGGGGCCAAGGAGGUGGCCCGCCUGCUCAACAGUGGCAGCUUUGGCUUCUCCGAGGCACACUGUCACCUCCAGGAGCGACCCUGGCUCCAGGAUGACUUGGACGCGUGGGUUGAGCGGCUGGAGAAAGGCCCCGUGCACAAGUGUGCAGCCAUCUUUGUCGACAACAGUGGCAUGGAUGUGCUUCUGGGUGUGCUGCCAUUCGCUCGAGAGCUGCUCAGCCGUGGCACCAAGGUGCUACUAUGCGCCAACACCCGCCCGGCUCUGAAUGACGUGACUCAUCAGGAGCUGCAGAUCCUGGUGCAGAGGGUGGCAGAGAGCGUGUGCCCACGGCUGCGUGAGGCGCUCGUGCAGGGACACCUGCAGGUGCUUGACUCUGGACAGAGCUCACCCUGCCUUGACCUCAGCCGCAUCAACGUGGAGGUGGCCAUGCGCAUGCGUGAGCUUGGCACAGACUUGGUGGUGUUGGAAGGCAUGGGCCGUGCGGUGCACACCAACCUGGAGGCGCGCUUCUGCUGCGAAGCCAUCAAGGCGGCCGUCAUAAAGAACCACUGGCUGGCACAGCGCCUGGGUGGUGCCAUGUUUUCCGUCAUCUUUCGCUACGAGACACCAGAGUCACACCAGGAAUCUGCUGAGAGCACAACCUCGACCAGCACUUCUACCAUGGUCUCACCUCAAUGACUACAAAGUCCAGGUCUCAAUGCUGGGAUGACCUGAAACUGAGCCGCCUUGGAGAGUGAAGUGUGUUUCGUUUCAUUUGCACUGUCUCUGAUUUUUUUUCUCUCCCUAUCCUAGGACAACCAAGCAGAACAGCAAAAAUGUGAAAAAUGUGUGCUCACUGGACUUUCCAUGGUGUGCAGCUGUGCGCGCCUUUCUGUAGCCCAGUUUGCGUACAACUCAGAUCUUGUAUAUAAGCCAUGUACAGAAACUGGACAUUUGUUUGUACAUAGAGACUAGACAAAGGAUGUUGCCUCUAGCUGGCUGAUCUAUUAUGUAAAAGCUUUUAAUGCAAGGGCACCCAUUACACUCUUCAAAUAAAGCUUGAAGAAACUGGA